AUGUCUGUCUACCGUUUAAAGUGCGCCGUUCAGAGUUAUGCAUGGGGGAAGAUUGGGAUUAAAAGUAAAGUAGCACAAUUUGCUCAGGAUGUUGAAGACUUUCGCGCAGAGAGUGAUAAGCCUUAUGCUGAGCUUUGGAUGGGAACACAUCCAAAUGGUCCGAGCGUCCUGGCAGAACAGCCUACGACCUACUUGAAAGACAUUAUAAAAUCUAAUCCUGAGGUUCUCACCUCAGAAAUUGCCAAACUUUAUGAUGAUUUACCUUUUUUGUUUAAGGUCUUAUCCGUAAACAAAGCACUUUCUAUCCAAGCACAUCCGAACAAGAAGCUUGGAAAAGAGUUAUUUGAAAAAUUCCCAAAGAUAUACAAAGACCCUAAUCAUAAACCUGAAAUGGCUAUAGCAAUUACAAGAUUCGAGGCAUUAUGUGGAUUUAGACCAUUAGGAGAGAUAGUAGCUUUUCUUUCGGAAUAUCCGGAAUUUAGAGAACUUGUAGGUAAUGAAAUAUCAUCGCAUUUUACCCAGACUGUUACCGGUAAAGAAAAUUCAAACGAUGAAGAGAAGAUUUUAUCAAAUAAAAAUGCCCUUCGUAAACUCUUUGCUGCCGUAAUGACGGCUGAUGCAAAUGAAGUGACUUCUCAAGUUGAAAGAUUAGUUCUUCGAUUGAGAUCAAGUGAUUUUUCGAUGGGGAGCGUUCAAGAACUUCUUGUUAGAUUGAAUGAUCAAUUCCCGGGAGAUGUAGGAAUCUUUUGCGUCUUAAUGUUAAAUCAUGUAAUAUUGGAACCGGGCCAAGCAAUUUUUUUGGGUGCAAAUGAACCUCAUGCAUAUCUUUCAGGAGAUUGUGUUGAAUGUAUGGCGGCCAGCGAUAAUGUAGUUCGCGCGGGAUUGACUCCUAAAUUUAAAGACGUUACAGUACUCUUAGAUAUGCUAACUUAUAGAUAUGGUAGCGCGGAAUCCCAAAUUCUUAAUCCAAUUCCAUAUGACAAUUCAAAGAGUUCUUUCUUAUAUAAUCCUCCCAUCGAAGAAUUCGCGGUUUUAUUGACGAGACUGGAUGAACAGAAUAAAAAAGAAAUGUGUGAGGGCAUCGCGGGCCCUAGCAUUAUUAUCGUUACCGAGGGGAAAGGUAAUUUGCUAGUUAACGAUAGAUCAGAGCGUUUAGGACCUGGGAGUGUAUUCUUUGUAGGUGCCAAUGUAUCUUAUGUAGUAGAAUUAACAGAAGAUUGUGAAGGACUUGAUUUAUAUCGCGCAUUUUGCUCGUUGAAUCAAGGUUAA